AUGGGUCCCAAAAAAGGCGGCGGUGGUCAAGCGAAGCAGAGGGGCAAUGCGACUGAGGAGGUUGAGGAGACUUUGCAGGCCGUGGUUCUUGCCGAUACUUUCGAAACCAGAUUCGAGCCCUUUACCCUUGAGAAGCCCCGUUGCCUCUUGCCGCUUGCGAAUACGCCGUUGAUUGAGUACACUUUCGAGUUUUUGGCUAAUGCCGGCGUUGAGGAGGUUUUUCUUUACGGAGGGGCUCAUUCAGAUCAAUUAGAGAGAUACAUCAAUGCAUCGAAAUGGAGAAGCAACUCGUCGCCUUUCAAGCAAUUGACUUUCCUCAAGUCAACGUCGACCUCAGUUGGAGAUGUUAUGCGCGAUCUUGAUGGCAAACACCUCAUCACUGGCGAUUUCAUUGUUGUCAGCGGUGACGUGAUCAGUAACCUGCCUAUUGAGGGUGCACUGGCGACUCACCGUGCCCGCCGCCAAGCAGACAAGAACGCAAUCAUGACUAUGAUCUUGCGCGAGGCUGGUCGAAACCAUCGCACAAAGUCGUCCUCCGUGUCCCCUGUAUUCGUCCUUGAUCCCACCAAAGAUCGUUGUCUGCACUACGAGGAAAUUGAGCAUCAUUCCGACGAGUCAUCUCGCCUGACUAUCGACACCGAGCUUAUUUCAUCUCAUGCGGAGAUCGAUAUUCGACAAGAUCUGAUUGACUGCAACAUUGAUAUUUGUACGCCUGACGUGCUGAGUUUGUGGUCCGAUAGUUUCGAUUAUCAGUCUCCGCGAAAGCAUUUUUUGUUCGGUGUGCUCAAAGAUUAUGAGCUUAACGGCAAAACCAUCCACACGCAUAUCAUCAAGGAUCACUACGCAGCUCGAGUGAGGAAUCUGAAAGCAUAUGACGCAGUGAGCAAGGAUAUUAUCUCCAGAUGGACGUAUCCACUGUGCCCAGACACAAACUUGCUCCCCGGACAUACCUACGAUCUCCGCAAGGGCAAUCUGUACGCAGAACAGGGCGUUACUUUGGCGCGUUCAUGUGUCGUUGGGCGGCGAACUGUUAUCGGGAAAGGCACAAGCAUUGGUGACAAGACGACAGUCAAGAACACAGUUCUUGGAAGGGACUGCAAGAUUGGGAAAAAUGUUACACUGGACGGCGCCUAUAUUUGGGAUGGUGUGGUGAUUGGCGACGGCACAACGGUUCGGCAGGCUAUUAUUGCCGAUAAGGUUGUGGUCGGCAAUAAUUGCAGCGUUGAGCCUGGCGCUCUUCUCUCAUAUGAAGUCAAAAUCGCUGAUGGUGUGACUGUGAGCGAAGGAAGAAGGAUCACAAAGGCCUCGAGAGAGGAAGACGGGGGACUACCAGCGAAUGAUCCGGAUGUGGUCGGUGAAGGAGGCGAAGGUCACGAAUAUUUCCACGAGGAAGACGAGGACGAAGACGACACUGUAUCCAAUGCUUCGUCAGGACUGGUGUACAACAUGGCGCAGCUCUCUCUUUCUACGGAGUCUAUCUCUACCCUGUCCUCUGAGAUUUCCCAUUUCGGCGGAUCUCGAUCCGAGAGCUUUGGUACUUCGUACUCUGAAGACGAGGAUGCUGACCAUUUCGUCCAUGACGCUGCAGCCAGUGUCUAUGACAGCUUGAAAGACGGUGUCACAUCUGACGUUGUGCAGUUGGAGUUGGUCAGUUUGCGGAUGACUGCGAAUGCCUCCGACCACCAGGUCCGACGAGCUGUUGUCACAGCCUUCAUGAAACGAACCCAGCAACUGAUCGAAGGAGGAAAAGGUGCUGGGGAAGCCGUUCGUGACAUUUUCGGCACAUAUCGCGAGGUUGUCGAACGGUGUAUGUUCGAUCGAGACAGCGACGAGAAAACCGAUCAGAUCGACUUCUUAGUCCUGCUCCAACAGGAUCUUGUACAUCGGCCUCGCGGCGAGACAGUCCUACUGUUCGCUGCUAAGGAGCUGUACGAUUUGGAGCUCUUCGAGGAGGAAGCCUAUGAGCAAUGGUGGGCCGAUGAGCGGUCCAGUGCCAGCGAAGAGAUGAGGCAGGUGCGGAGUCAAACUCAACAGUUUGUUGACUGGCUCGCAAAUGCUGAGGAAGAGGAGAGUAGUGAAGAGGAUGAGAGCGAGGAAGAGAGCGAUGAGGAGAAGGCGGCCGAGGCGGCGAUUACAGACCAGGAACCAUCCAUAACCGCCACCGAGGUUUCCGUCGCUGAUUCGCGAACCGCCACCGGGAAAACCUCGUCAAACAAGAGGAAUAAUCGCAGAAAGGACAAGCUCACGGACCAAGAUCCUGACACAGAUUCGGUAUCGGUGGCGUCUGCAAGCGUCCCCGUUCAAAACAAGCAAAAGACAACCGAUCUCGUCACGCCGGCUUCCACCAGUAUGGAUUCAGACGAUGAUUUUAUGACGGAUGCGUCCAGUGCCGACGACUUCUUGGACACACAGGGAAGUGAUGAUGAGAGUCUAGGAGAAGAGUUCGGUGACGAGUUCGACGGCGGAUUUUCUCAGGAUAAGGAUCUACUAGGGAACACAAAGAAGCCAUAUGAGGUCGAUUUCAGAGUUCUGAGCCCAGAAGAUAUCGAUCGGGAGCAGAGUCAGCAGGUCAACGAGGUCUCGCAGAUUUUGGGCCUGCCACCGGAGUCGUCCGCUAUUCUAUUACGGUUUGGGAGAUGGAACCGGGAGAAGCUCAUAGAGUCCUACAUGGAUCAUCCGGAGGAGACUCUCGAGGAAGCUGGUCUUGGGACGAACUUUUAUGGGACACCAAAGACAGAGGUUGUACCAGGGUUCAUGUGUGACAUUUGCUGUGAAGAUGGCGAUGAUUUGGAGACAUAUGCUAUGCGAUGCGGACAUCGCUUCUGCGUUGACUGCUACCGACAUUAUCUCGCGCAGAAAAUCCGCGAGGAGGGCGAAGCUGCGAGGAUAGAAUGUCCCGGAGAUGGCUGCCAUAUGAUCGUAGAUUCAAAGUCCCUCAGUCUCCUCGUCACCGACGAUCUCAAAGAGAGAUACCAAACACUGUUGAUGCGAACUUAUGUUGAUGACAAAGAGAACCUUAAGUGGUGCCCGGCCCCAAACUGCGAGUACGCGGUCGACUGUCCCGUCAAGCAGCGCGACCUCAACCGGAUCGUGCCCACCGUACAAUGUGCCUGUAAGCAUUUCUUUUGCUUCGGCUGCACGCUGAACGAUCAUUUACCGUCUCCCUGCACAUUGGUCAAGAUGUGGCUUCAGAAGUGUGAAGACGACUCAGAGACCGCCAACUGGAUCUCGGCCAACACGAAGGAGUGUCCUAAGUGCCAUUCAACGAUCGAGAAGAACGGGGGUUGCAACCAUAUGACGUGCCGCAAAUGCAAGCACGAGUUCUGCUGGAUGUGCAUGGGCCUGUGGUCUGAACACGGCACCAGCUGGUACAACUGUAAUCGCUACGAAGAGAAGUCAGGGUCGGAAGCUCGUUCAGCGCAGGCGAAAUCUCGAGCAUCUCUUGAAAGAUACUUGCAUUACUACAACAGAUACGCUAACCACGAGCAGUCGGCGAAGCUCGAUAAAGAUCUCUACCUCAAGACAGAAAAGAAGAUGACAAGCCUACAAUCUCAGUCUGUUCAGUUCCUUGAUACUGCAUCUCAGGCACUUCAGCAGUGCCGACAGACUUUGAAGUGGACUUAUGCCUUUGCAUAUUAUCUUGCUCGAAACAACCUGACGGAAAUCUUCGAGGACAACCAGAAAGAUCUAGAGCUUGCGGUGGAGAGCCUUAGUGAAAUGUUCGAGAAGCCGGUGCCUGAACUGGCCAAUCUGAAAGUUGAUAUCUUGGACAAAACGGCUUAUUGCAACAAACGCCGAGUGAUCCUUCUUAGCGACACUGCCCAGAAAUUGAAACAAGGGGUAUGGUCAUUCAAUGUUGAAUGGUAG